AUGGCCGAAAUAAAGAAUGUGAGGAAGAAUGAACUCAUCCUCAACAAUAAAAGAUACUUGGGCAUGAUUAUCCAAAAUACUUUCAAGCUGGAUGAGAUGUUCAAUAUCUGCUCUGAUCAGUUAGAUGAUGAAAGGAAGAAACAGGCAACGGCUAUACAGACUUUGUCCAAAUCCGAACAAGACUUGGCCGAUGCGAAGAAAAAGUUACUGGCUGAGGAACAAGCUCGCAAGAGCGCUGAGUCGGCCCUGGAAGACUAUCAAAAGCAGGCCGAGGACCAGGGGAACCGCUUGCACAAGGCGAAUGCCAAACUGAAGAAGGCUCGGGAACAGGCUGUAGCCCUUAGGAAGCACUUGGAGGAAACCCAAAAGCUAAGGGAGCAAGCUGAAAAGUUUAGGGAGGAAGCCGAGAAAGCAAAGACCGAGGCCGAACGGGUAAUGAAUGAAGCUGAGCAGAGAGGCUAUGAGGUCGGUAUAUCUGAGACUGAGGAGGCUUUGAGAGCUGAGGUUCCAGUGGUGUGCCGCAUCUACUGUGCCAAAACUUGGGAUGAAGCCCUUAACCGAGCUGGGGUUGAGGCUUCGUCCGAGUUGAGGAGGCUAAAGAAUGUAUUCUAUCCUGAAGCAAUCCGCCCCUUAGAUACUCUAACCCCUCAAGCUGAAACCAUUCCCUCAACUGUUAAUCCCAAUGAGGGGGUUUUGCCUUCAAGUCUUCCCCUUCUUGACUAA